UCUGAGCUGAAAACAUCAGAACACAGAGAACAACUGACCUCUGAUCAGAUAAAGCAGAAGCUGAACCAGAACUGAUCCAAGACCAGCCAUGAAUAGAGUCGUCCUCUUGCUGUCGGUGGUGUUUCUGGGUGUGUCAACUCAGCCAAUCCCAGAUGGCCGUCUGUUUUCCAUCGCUGUGGGCAGAGUUCAACACCUCCACCUGCUCGCCCAAAGACUCUUCUCAGACUUUGAGAGUUCUCUGCAAUCAGAAGAGCAACGUCAACUCAACAAAAUCUUUCUCCAAGAUUUCUGCAACUCUGAUUACAUCAACACCCCCAUCGACAAGCACGAGACCCAACGUAGCUCGGUGUUGAAGCUAUUAUCCAUCUCCUAUCGAUUGGUUGAGUCCUGGGAGUUUCCCAGCCGUUCCCUGUCUGGUGGUUCUGCUCCCAGAAUCCAGAUUUCCCCCAAACUGUCGGAGCUGAAGACGGGAAUCCUCCUUUUGAUCAAGGCCAAUCAGGACGAAGCAGAUCUCUUCCCUGACAGCUCCUCCCUACAGCUCGCACCUUAUGGAAACUACUAUCAAAGUCUGGGGGCCGACGAGUCGCUGAGAAGAACAUACGAACUUCUUGCCUGUUUUAAGAAAGACAUGCACAAGGUGGAGACCUACCUGACUGUGGCUAAAUGUCGACUCUCUCCAGAAGCCAACUGCACUCUGUAGUCUGCCUCUCGACUGUGCGCACAUGCCCUCAUGUGAAUGAUGUAAUCCUGUGUUUUUUAAGCUCAUCCUCCCCUUCAUUAUAUCCCUCUGCUGACUAGCGUUAGCAUUAGCAUCAGUGUUAGUUCAGUGUUUGGUGAUGCAGAUUGUGUCUCUGCGCUGAUGAUGUUUUCUGAUCUUAUUAUGUUGACACUGUCAUAACAUUCAUAAUGUGAAAUAAAGUGUGUUGUGUUGCAUUCA